AUGUCGGCACCGACAAUUCUCGUAGGGACAUCUGACUCUCUCGUAUAUUUAGGCUUGGUAAAUCCUACUUAGAUUGGCCUCACAAUGAUGGAAUACGGCCUUGCCCGUAAAAAUUUUGCUGAUUACAUUUUGUUCAAAAAUUGAAUCCAAUUCUCAGUUGGUAUUGUAGCCUGGUGGUUGAUUGGUUUUGCAUUUGCAUGGGGAAAUGCAGGAGAUCAUAGCAAUUUCAUAGGAGAAACGUACUUUGGAGGUGAGGAUUGGCUUCUUGACAAGAAAAGAUCCCAUGGAAUCACAGCAGCUUAUUCAGCUCUUGUAGGAUUUUUCAUUCUUUUCAUAAUCAAUGGCGCGAUUAUGGAAAGAGCACACUAUAUCGUUUACCCAUUUGUUGCAUGGUGGGUUAUAGUUUGGGUGUGGCCUGUUAUUGUAGCCUGGGGAUGGGGCUGGGGCUGGCUCAUGGGUGAGGUUGGCGAUGAAAAUAACUUGAUUGACGGUGGUGGUGCAAUUACAAUUUAUCAUUAUUUAUAAUAAAUACUCAUUAGGUGUUAGUAAAAAUCUAUAUAUUUAUUAAAAAAAUCAAACAGAUUACAUAUUUGCAGGCACUUUUGCACUAGUUGGAGCCAUAAUUUGUGGCAAGAGAGCUGGAAAAUAUGAUGGAAGCCAAGUGAGAGAGCCUUUUAGAAUGACAAAUUACGCUUUCUAUACAAUUGGAGCUACUCUUACAAUAUUAGGAGUUUUCGGGAUGAACAUGACUGGAGGGUCUAAUGUUUCAUCAUUUGGGAUGGCUGAAGUAAAUACUUGGAUUUGUGGAGGCAUGUCUUCUAUAGUUGCCUUUAAGCGCUUUACAUAAUAAUAAAAUGGCAUAAUAAGGAGUAAAAACAAACAUUAUAAAUUUAACAGUGAAAAUUUUUUUUAUUUCACAAAAUUAGAAGAUUCUAAACCUCCAUAAAAAAAAUUUGCACUAUUAAGUUUAAUGAUUUUUUUCUCUUAUUAUGAGUUACCUGCCAGAUAUAAUGCUUUCUUAUUGCUAUAAAACACUGCUCUUUCCUUUUAAUUACAUACUUAACUUAACUUAAUUAUCUGGUGUUUAAGGUGUCUAGUGCCGCGGCCCAAAAAGAGCCUAUGGCAAAACUAGUGACGUAGGCGAGCCAUCUUGGAACAGGUCAGCCCUGGCCAAGCCUUCUAUCAACUCCUGGCUCACCAGCCUUGCUGCACGUCUCUCCCGGUGCGAUGCAGUCGCCCUUAUCUCGACUCAGCUCCUGUGCGUGUUCCGCCUAAGGGUCAUCUUCCCAUGGAGAUGUGCUGAGAGGUAAAAGCCCGAAAUCUUGAGAGGACUGAGGAGCAGUUCCUCUGGUUAUCCCCAGAGUUAAACCGCUAUUGCUGUCCAGAAGUUCUCGAGUGAAAACCUAACCCUAUAAAAUAAAAUUCCAUGAAGGAGAGAAAAUUAGCAAAGCUAAUUUCUCUCGAACCGAAUGCCAUUUUAUUUAUCUUUUAAUUGCAUGCAGAUUCUUCAUUUCAUUCAACAUGCCAUAUCUCUUAUACUUCAUAAGAACGAUCAAAAUAGUUAAUUAACACCAACUAAGCCUUAAAGCUCUACACUUUUACCAGAAGAGACCUUGAAUCUCAUUACAUCUCAGUUUUCCAAGGCUUCAUUGCUGGAGAGGUCCUUAUUUCUUCUUCCGCGUUUGACACAACUCCUUGGCAAGCUGGAAUUUGUGGAAUUAUGGCUGGGAUCGUCUUUUUCUUAGGCGUCCAUUUCCACAGGAUCUUGAAAAUCGAUAACCCUAUGCACAUUACAGCCACUUUCUUGUUCCCUGGGUUUAUUGGAGGAUUUUUGCCUGGGUUUAUUACAGAUACUUAUGGAGUCUUCUGGGAAGGCACUGAAGGUCAUACUCUUUCUACACAAGUUGUAGGGGUUUUCGUGAUAUUCGGAUGGUCUGCUUUCUGGGCAAUUAUCGUUUUUGGCGUCUUGAAGUUCUUCAAAGUGGCAAGUUUGCCUGAAGAUUUACAGAGAGAAGGGCUUGUUGGGUGUGAAAUUACUCAAACUGGGUUUGUGAAGGGAUCUAGUUUAAAUCAAGAUACAAUUAGACCUUUGGGGAAAGGGAUAGAAUAA